AUGUCUUCCAUGAGAAACAAGACCAACACCAGUCCCUUCGGCCUCACUCCGCGAGAGGUUGAGAUGGCGGUUUUGGCUUGGAAGUGCGUCGAUGACAACGGCAAGGCAAACUCUCAUAAACAGGUCAACCCCCAGAAACUGGCCGAGCUCACCAACCACGAGAACGUCGGCUCUGUAGCUCGGCGCUGGCGCGGCAUCAAGGCCAAGAUCGCAGCCGCGACCGGCGGUGUCUUUGGCACUCCCGACGGGACCAGCGACGGCGGCAUUUUCGGCACCCCCAAAGGCGCCAACAGCGGCAGUGAGGCUGCCGUCGGUGUCGACUCCCCCUCGGUCUCUGCGGGAAAGAAGCGGGCUGUGGCAGUGGCCGGUCGCAAGCGGAACAGGAAGGAGGUUGACAGUGAUGAGGAGAUGGACGACGCUGAUAAGGGCAUGAGACCUAAGAAGGCUGCUAUGCGUGCGCAGAGCCGCAUCGCUGCCUUGGAUCAGGACCCUGCUCAGGAGUCCGGUGGCUCUGGUGCUGAUGAGGCCGAGGUUUGA